UGCGGGGCCCCUUGUAUCUCAGAUUAGAUGUGUAACGUUCCCCGGGGUCUCGCAUCACUCUGUAUGGACGAUGAGAGAGCCUGAGGCCCCUUCAUCUUUCGCUGCCUCAGUGGGUAAGAGUUCCUGGGGCUCCAGCAUCUUUUCCUGUCUCAGUAGGACAUGGAAGUCGACUACAACCCUGUGGAUUUGCCAAUUAAUAUUGUUUAUGCGCAAGAUGCAGAGUUCCGGGAUAUGGAGGGGACAGAGGUAAAGGACAUGCGUCAGGAAGCGGAAGCGGUGGUGAACGAUGUCCUAUUCGCCGUCGCCAACAUGUUUGUCUCCAAGAACUUACCGUGUGCUCUGGACAUGGCGUACAUCAAUGUGGAGAUAAAGGAAGGGACCAGAUACUGCCUGGAACUCACAGACGCCGGCCUAAGGGUGGUGGGUUCUGCCUUUGACCACGUGGAUGAAGGGAGCCACAGCCAGUACCACGAGACCAUAUACUCCUUGCUGGACUCUAUAAGUCCGGCGUAUCGGGAGGCGUUUGGCAACGCUCUACUGCGGAGGCUGGAAGCCUUGAAAAGAGAUGGACAGUGCUGAGUGAGAUCGUCUGCGGAACCACAGUCUCAUUCUGAACCUUGUUUUAUCCCUUUACUGCUCCAGUCCCAGCACCCGCAUAUGACGCACGCUCACUGUAUCUUGCAUUUGGAAUCUAAGAUCACCGUACAGACGCAGUGAAAUAUAGUCACUGGAUAGCUGCCGUCAGGUGCCCUGCCACACGUACAAGCGGUUAAUGUCCACUUUUAUGAAUUUUAACUUUGUGCUCCCCUUGUCUGUAAUGGGGGUAAAGGGCUUCAAUCCGGGACACGAGGGAAUAUGAAUUCUGUUCAUGUGAGGCACCUCUGUCAUGGAAUAUGAUUUUAACAGUAUUUUAUGGGUGAUGUUUAUUAAAUGAAAUGUACAGAAUAGAUAAGUAUUGGUGUUCAGGCUUAGAGCUCGGUUUAUCAAAGCUUGGGGAGAGAUAAAGUAACAAGCAAUCAGUUACUAACUGUCAUUUUUCAAACACAGCCUGUAACAUGACAGCAGCUGAUUGGUUAGUACUGUAUCUGUCUCCCCACUUUAUUUCUUUCAGAGAUUUGAUAAAUCUACCCAUUAGUAUAGUAUUACGAGCACCGCCUGACAUAUGAGCUAGCGGUCUUAAUGAAUUGGUUUCCAGGAAUAUCGGCUCAGGCCAGACUUCUGCGUUGUUCAGGUGACCGGCCACGUUAACGGCAAAUUACCUUUUAUUUCUCCUGACCCCCAGAGCAAUAAGCAGUCCAUGUGGCUUCAUGGUGCAGGUAAGAGUUGCCAUAUCUCUGCUUACCUGUCGUGAUCGGCUCCUGUUAGAAAACACAAUACAAUGACUUCUGUUGGCCAUGCUACAGAUUUGAUGAGCCAGUUUUGGUGAUGUGGAUUAUAGUACUACGUGUGGCUUUAUCAUAACAGAUUAAAAUACAAGCAGAGGUAAACGGAGGAACUCCAUUGGUGGGUGGGUGGGUGUGUGACUUAAUGGUUUGCGUAUGUGGGCGAGUGGGCAGAUGAUCAGAUUGCCCUGUAUAGAGCCAGCAUUAUCCUGCAAUUGAUGGGACGCCCAGAUUGAAAUGUGUUCUAUUCCGAGGGGGAGGGGGAGGGGGGGGGGGGGGGAGAGUGUUACGAGCCGCACACUGCCAUAAAGUGUGAACCCGGAGGUGAGGCGGCAAUCUUUUUAUCUUGGAAAAACAAAUGAUUUACUUAACAUUUUUAUUAUUCUAUAACGUGUGGAUUUACACCAGUAAUAGAUUAAUAGUGUUUCUUUUUUUAAUCUAAUUUUUGAAUGGAUUAUCUUGAAAAUAAACCACAGAAUGUAUUAAACAUGUUAUAAUAGCCCUUAACAUAGCCAAAAUGAGCCAGCGUUCCUGCAAAUCCUUCCCCAGUAAAUAUAGAGGCCGCCAUAUUCUAGACAGAUAUCUACUGAGGUUAUGUUACUGUGUGUUCUAUGGGACACUGCAGAAGUGCCAGCUCUGCAGUCUAAUAUGAAUGACUGUAACUUAGGCAUCACAAGCAGCAAUGCACAUAGAAUUAAACGGACAGAAGAUCUGUUUAUAUAAGAGGCUGUGGUGUUAUUACCCUCCAGCACUUGCUACAGUAGCUGCAUUCAUGUAGUAGACUUAGGGGCCCUACACAUUAGGUGAUAUGCCGCAGAGGUGCCCGACGGACGACCCAACGGCUGGGGUGGUGGUGGGGGGAGUGAAGUUUCUUCACUCCCCCCGUCACCUGGCCCGGUAGCAAUGCAUGCUAAUAUGGACGAGAUUGUCCAUAUUGGUCUGCAUGUAUAAAGGGCCCGACACACUAGCCGAUACCACUGAAAGAUAUGAACGAUCUCGUUCAUAUUGUUCAGUGUGUAGGCACCAGCGAUGAACGAUGCGCGGCCACACGUUCGUUCAUCGUUGGUAUCGGCUCGUUUAAACAUGCAGGCCAAUAUGGACAAUCUCGUCCAUAUUAGCAUGCAGGGCUAUGGGGUCGGGUGACGGGGGGAGUGAAGAAACUUCACUCCCCGUCACUUCCCCCCCCUGCCGCCGCUGGUCGGCCGUAUCAGCCGUCGAGCACCUCGGCGGCACAUCGCCAUGUGUGUAGGGCCCUUAAGCGACCCGGCACCAAUGAUGAACGAGAGCAGGGCCGGGCAUCGUUCAUCGCUGGUGCCUACACACUGAACGAUAUGAACGAGAUCGUUCAUAUCUUUCAGUGGUAUCGGCUAGUGUGUCGGGCCCUUUAUACAUGCAGACCAAUAUGGAGUUCUCGCUCAUUAAUGAAUGAGAACGUUCAUAUCGUUCAGUGAAAUCGCCUAAUGUGUAGGGCCUAUUACUCAUUACCAGACCAGAAGGUAUUUAUUAUAUCAGUAUGGUAGGCAGUUUGUGGCUGAACUACAACUCCCAGAAUGCUCUGGCUGUCAGAGGAUAGCAAACAUUAUUAUUCCACAUCAACAAAGGAUUUCUUAUUUCUAGCUCCUGAUGUAGUAAAUGUUUUUUUGCAUGAAUCUGUUGCUUGUGUGAGUUAAUAAGGCGUAAGUAUCAUCCAGCACGGCGCCAUUCUUCUGUGACCGCUACUUCCAGCCGGCUGUAUAUGUGCUUUCUGGUUAACCAUUUAGUAUAUUUAGGUUAGAAAUAGUUUGCGGGCUACUUAUAACUGGGUUUUGUUAUUGGUGUAGUUUGUACAUGGCAGCUUUUACUCCGUAGGUAACACAAAGUCCUGUCACAGGACAGUGGGUGCCGUGAAUACUUCUUUAUGUUACGCCUUGCAGGCCAGCCGUGGGACAUGUACGCUGUCAAUUAAAUGCACAGCCAUAGGGAAAUAUGAAAUAGAUCACGGCAAAUCUAUCCCAUAGAAAAUACAUUGUAGUAGCCUAAUAGUUUUAUCCCCUGAUAAAAAGAAAUUAUCUAUGGCUGCCCCAAAUUGACAAUAAUUGAAUAAUACACUACUUAAAUUGUUAGAAGGAAAGAAUUGAAUAACGGUGCAUGUUUGUCACAUCUAAUAUUAUUUCGUUCCCAUUUAUGGGCCUUUUUAACAGGAUGCGGUCAGCGUCUCGGCACUGGGGAUGCCGGUGGUCAGGUGACCGACGCCGGAAUCCCGAUACCACCUGAAAUCCUGGCGCUGGAACACCUAACGCUGACAUCCCGCGGGCAAGUAUCGAAGUAACUCUUAGGGGGAGAUUCAAAUGUUUGAAAAGUCAGUUGGGAGUCUGUUUUUUCCUGUCUAUUAUAUAGGAAAAAACAGACACCAAACCGACUUUUCAAACAUUUGAAUCUCCCCCUUAGUGUUAGAGCCCGGGCGGGAAGGGGGGUAUGGAGUUAGCCACGAAAGGAGGGGAGUUAGCCGUAGCUGCCACCCCCUGGAUCUUAGCCUUAGCUUCCACACCCACUAUCUUAGCCCUAGCUGCCACCCCACUAUGGGGUAGGUGGCAGGGGUAAAACAAUUACCCCAUCCCCUGUCGGCGUUCUCAUGGUCGGGAUGCUGGUGUCGGUCGUGGGACCGCCGGGAUUCCGUAUCACUCCCGUUUUUAAAACUACCAUGAGCUAUUCAAUUGUGUGCACGUUUCAUUUUUAUUUCUUUAUUUUACUCUUGGUAUGACUGACUCAUUUUUAGCCUGUUUCUUACCUACAAGCAUGUAUUUUAUUCCCAUUGCAUCCGUUCCAUUGCACUUGCCUAUUGAUGAUAGACAUUCCCAUUGGAUAGUGCAUUACAUGGAUGUGUAAAGAUUCUGGAAUUGUUACUAUUUCUGUCUUUCUUUCUGAAAGUGUAAACGUGUUUGAAAAAUGAUAAAUAAAUAUAUUUAUGCAAAGUU